UCAUCAGCUGGUAAAAAAAAUCUGUCCAACGUUAAGACCAGAGUUACAAGUCUUAGCUUAGCCCCUGGGCGGGUCGUGAAAACAACAGAACAGACAUCACGUGAAUUUACGAUGGUUUCAUUACAAUUAACUCACGCAAUAUAGUUUAUCCAUCACUUCAGAUUACAAUUGUCUCAACAAAUUAACCAACUGGACCAAAUUGAAUUUAAAAAAAUCCUGAAUUAAGAUGACGGAAUACUGGUUAAUAUCAGCCCCGGGCGACAAGACCUGCCAGCAGACAUGGGAAACGAUGAACAACUUGACAUCGAAACAGAAUUCGCUGUCCGCGAAUUACAAAUUCCAUAUCCCGGACCUCAAGGUCGGGACACUCGAUCAGUUAGUCGGGUUAUCAGACGACUUGGGCAAGCUGGACACCUUCGUCGAGCAGGUAACACGUAAAGUUGCCGUCUACUUGGGCGAAGUACUCGAAGAUCAGCGAGACAAACUUCACGAAAAUCUUAUGGCCAACAAUAGUGAUUUGCCGACGUACAUAACACGUUUCCAAUGGGAUAUGGCGAAAUAUCCGAUAAAACAGUCGCUAAGAAAUAUUGCUGACAUAAUAAGCAAACAAGUUGGCCAGAUAGAUGCUGAUUUAAAAACUAAAUCUACUACAUACAAUAAUUUGAAGGGAAGUCUCCAGAAUCUUGAGAAGAAACAAACUGGAAGUUUGUUGACUCGAAACCUCGCAGAUCUUGUAAAAAAAGAACAUUUUAUUUUAGACAGCGAGUACUUGUCAACUUUACUUGUAAUUGUACCUAAAUCAAGUUUUCACGAAUGGCACGCUAUAUAUGAAAAAUUAACAGACAUGAUUGUACCACGUAGUACACAAUUAAUAACUCAGGAUGCCGAGUAUGGUCUAUUUACAGUAACAUUAUUUAAAAAAGUUAUUGAAGAAUUUAAAUUACAUGCACGUGAAAAAAAGUUUAUUGUACGUGAUUUUACAUAUAAUGAAGAAGAAUUAGCUGCUGGCAAAAAUGAAAUAACAAAAUUAGUUACUGACAAGAAAAAACAAUUUGGGCCACUUGUUCGUUGGUUAAAAGUUAAUUUUAGUGAAUGUUUCUGUGCUUGGAUUCACGUUAAAGCAUUGCGUGUUUUUGUUGAGUCUGUUUUGAGAUAUGGAUUACCAGUUAAUUUCCAAGCUAUUUUAUUACAUCCCCAUAAAAAAUGUACAAAGCGACUACGUGAUGUUUUAAACCAACUUUACGCUCACUUGGAUUCUUCAGCAGCUUCCGGUGGUCACUCUGCUAAUCAAGAUAGUGUAGAUAUUCCGGGACUGGGUUUCGGACAGAAUGAAUACUUUCCAUAUGUUUAUUACAAAAUAAAUGUUGAUAUGGUUGAUAGUAAAGUUUAAGGUUACUAAUUAAUAAUUAACUAUAAAUAAUGAUUAAUUAAUAACAAACAAUUAAAAUUUAAACUAUCUAAGCAAUUAAAAAAAAAUUAUUUUAAAGUUAUUAUUUCGCACAAUUUUUUUUUUCUUUUUUUUUCCGUAAAAAAUUUAUUUGAAUAAAUAAAUACAGAUUAUUUAAAGUAAAAAAAUUAUAAAGUAUAAAAAUUAACUUGUAAAUAAUUUGAAUAUAAAAUUUUAUUGAAACAAUACAAAGUUUAUUAAUUAAAUAUUUUUAAAAAUUAUUAUUUUAUUUCGACAUUUUAAUAUCAUUUCAAUAUUUAAAAAUACAUAAAUUAAAAAUAUAAUUAAUAUUGUUAACCAUUAAAAUAUUUUUUUUUUUAUCUCUAAUUAAAUAUCGUUAAUUAAUCCUUGAAUUACAAAAAUUUGUAUUUUUUAAUUUAAAAGCUUCAAAAGCUUCUAGAGCUUAGAAAAUUGUUUCUACGAUAAAAAUCAUAAGGAUUUCUUUUGUAGGGCUUAAAAUUCUCUAUAAAAAAGGUCUGAAUAAUUUUUAAAAAAUUUUUAAGUUUCGACCUGCAAUUUUAGUUUUAUUUUUUCAAAUUUCAAAUUUUUAAUAUUAAAAAAACCAUAAGAGCGCCUGGUGUUUUAAAAAUGAUUCUGCGAAAAAAUUUACACGGACCUUUUUUAUAGGGCUUAAAAUUUUCUACAAAAAGGUCUAAUUCAUUUUUCCAAAAUUUUCAAUUUCAAACCCGUAAUUUUAAGUAGUUUUUUAACACAGUCGAAAAUAAAAAAUUCAAAGAUUAAUUAACAAUUUUAUUUUAAUUAAGCAGAUAGAAAAACAUAAUGAUUAUUAAUUUGAAUGAUGAAAAAUUAAAAACAUUUGACAAAAAAAAAAAAAA